AUCUGCGAACUAUACGUGGCCGAGUACGAGUUUUCGGUCCUGGACGACGUCUUCGUGAUCCACGACGGCUUCAGAGAGGACAGGUACAUGCAGAGCCGCGAGACGCGGCUGGACCUGAAGGCGAACGCGAUGCGGAGCCGCGCGUUUCGCGCGCAGGUCUCCAGCAAGUAUAAUCAAACGUCGAGGAAGUGCGAGUCGUGGUUCCUGCAUUCGCUGGAGUUCGUGCACGUGAUCUGCGAAGUGUACGUAAGCGGGUUCCGUCUGGAGGUGCUCGACUCGGCCUACGUGAUACACGACGGCUGGAAAUGGGACUGGGCGAUCCCGAGCCGGGGGAAGCGGCAGGACCUGCACGACAACGUGGCCAGGUUCGUCCGGUUCCGGGAGGACCUGGCCGCGAAGUACCCGGGGGCGGGGCGGUCGUGCACGGCGGCGAUCCUGUCUCGCGCGGUCGAGAUCGUGCAAUACGUCGUUGGACACGCUCGUCUAGGAGCGAUGAGGGGCACGAGGAGUCCAGUGCGGGGAGAGGGGGAAGUUCAGAGCGAUCUCGAAAUGAAGAGACGAAGGGGCACGCUAGUGAGGUGCGUGGCCAAGUGCGUCGUCGCCGCUUUCGUCGCUCUCCUCGCGUUCGUCGUGGUGGUGGAUUUCGUCGCGAUUCCGAUCGCGCUGUCGCGGAGGCAGCAGAGACCGGUCGGAACGCCAGACGCCGACCUGCUCCGAGAGCUGAUACGAUCCCGCCCCGACCUGGUGCUGGACGAGAGCGGGGAGUUCGGAAUCUCGUACCGCCACGUGGAGGGACGGCGAGGCGGCGAGAGGAACUACUCCGACGUGACCUGGGUCACCCUCUUCUCCCUCGAACACCUUCAUCAAGUCGCCCAAAUCGCCCAGCUCUGGCAGGGGCCGAUGUCCGUGUCGGUGCUGGCGGAGACGACGGAAGAGAUCGAAGCGACGGCGAGAGCCAUCGACUGCCUGGUGGAGACGGAGCCGGCCGUCGCGGAUCACGUGACGUUCCACCUCGUGUUCGGCCUGCGGCGGGGGUCGCGGGGGCGGCGGUUCCGCGAGGCCGCGGGAUGCGCGGAGGUGCUGGCGUCGCUGCGGGCGGCGGAGGCGGGUGUGAGGAACUUCGCGAGCCGGGAGUUCGAGUUCCCGCCGAACCUGCUGAGGAACGUGGCGCGGAGGAGCGCGGGCACGGAGUUCGUGUUCGUGGUCGACGGGGAUUUCAUUCCGAGCCCUGGGCUGAGGGCGGAUUUCCUCGGGUUCGCCUCGAGGGAAGGACUGUUCGGCAGGGACGAGUCGGUCGUUUACAUCGUGCCCGCCUUCGAGGCGCCCGAGGGCUUUCGCCUGCCGGAGAACAAACGGGAACUGAUCGGCGAGUGGGAGGACGGAGAGGUCCGACCUUUCUACAGCGGGAUUUUUUCCUUCAUCCAGGGUGGGACAGAUUACCCUCGGUGGAAGGCGUUGCAGCCGGGUACGGGGCUGCACGUUGCCUACGACGUCCCGUGGCAAUACCUCUACGAGCCAUUUGUGAUAGCCAGGAAUACGGUUCCGUACUACGAAGAACGGUUCCGGCAGUUCGGCUGGGACCGUGUCAGUCAGAUCUGCGAAAUGCACGUGGCGGGCUACCAGUUCCGAGUGCUGGACAACGCCUUCGUGCUCCACAGGGGACUGAAGGAGGACACGGCCAUCGCUUCCAAGGAAAAGCGGGAGGACCUCAAGCGGAACGUCAUCAACUUCAUCGCCUUCCGCGAGGAGUUGAUGGCCCGGUACCCCGGGUCGCCGAGGUCCUGCUCCACGCUGCUCUUCUCCCGGUUCAACGAGCUGGCUCAGCUCAUAUCGGGGUCGGUGUGAUGCGACGUCGCGCGGGUUCGACCGGAUCGGCGGAUUACUCCAAAAGUCUGUGCAAUAAAUGGAAUGAAAUCGAGGAUUUCCGAUACGGCAGUGUCGCUGGGACGUUCCACCAUUUCUCACGGGAGGAUUACGAGGAUAAUACGGGUGAAUCCAGAACGGUUCUUUAGCCGGCGGGUCGUGAAUGCAAUCGUGGAUCCGCAGCGUGGCAGAUGCACUGUAUCGUGGAAAUAUCGUCGCUCAUGGAAUGCAUCGUGCAAGAAGGACGUGGGACGAUGGAAGGACGAAGGAGUGAUGUUGAAAUGCGCCGAGUGAUUCAUUUUGCGGUCGCAGGAAAUCAAGGCGGGAAAAAAGUCAAUGCAGAAUGCAGGAAGUGCAUGACAACUAUUGCAGACGACAAUAGCAUGUCCCAACGGAGCGCGUUCGGGUGGCUAUCAAAGUCAAAACGGGUGAUGAGAAACUGCUUCGGCAAGUGUGCGAGUGCCUCGACAUGCGUCUUCCAUCGCCUUCCCGAUAUCCCUCAAACCACUGCUCAAAUUCUACGAAAUAAAAGAGCAUGUAUAACAUAGAGACCAAUUUUAAAAAAAUUAGCAAAAUAAACAUGAAAGAAUGCACAAAUAAAUUU